AUGGUUUUUGUAACCGAUCACAGAAGAGUUUUUUAUAACACGUGUCAGCAACAUGUGUUUUUCUUUUUUUUUUUCUCUUUUUUUUUUUCUUUUCUUUCUCUCCUCUUCUCUCAUCUUCUCUCGUGUUCUCCGUCGAAGGGAACCGGAGCAUCCGUUCAAUCGGCGUUUUCUCUCGUCUUCUCCUCUCCUUCGGGAAGCGUCUCCUUCCUUCAAUCGCCGUCAUGUCCGUCUUUCUCUUCUCUGGUCUUCUCCGUCGGUAAAGGAAGCGUCUCCUCUCUUCAAUCGCCGCUCGUCCAAUCGCUGCUCGUCCAAUCGCUGCGACCCCAUCUCCUCUCUCUUCUGACCGUGGGAGCAUUGAGAGAUUCAUCACAGAGUGAAGCUGUGGGAGCAUCUCGUGCUUGUUGUUUCACUGAGUGGAGCAGUGGUAACAUGACACAAGACGAGGCAGAUGUGAGCACACGAGUCACGGAGUUGGGAGUGGAAGAAUCACGGACUUGGGAGUAGAAGGAUCACAUAAUCAUCUACACUCCUCCACAAGUAAUCAAAAACAAGUUAAUUUUUUUUUUAAGAAACCAAAAUUAAAAAACUACCAUUGUAUCUGAAAAAUUAGGUGAUUCUUAACUAAUGUUCUUAGCUAAAAUUUAUUAGUUAAAUAAUCUUUAAAGUGUACUUAAGAAACCUAUAAGAGGUUUCUACGGAUAAUGAUGCACUAAUCUUCGCGAAUGGAAUGAACGUGUUCCUUUUCUUC